AUGCUCUUCUCUCUAUCGGCAAUUCUGUGGACCAUGUUCUUUCAUCCACUUGCAAUUGUUACAUUCACUCCGUUAGUAUGGUUAAAGCCAUCUGAGGCUAUAAAGGUAAUAGAACUUGAUCUAGCAGAGGAGCCAAACUUUGAUAAUUAUACGUUUCUAUCUCGACAAAGGGGCGCAGUGGAAACGCGAAUUUACGGUAUGUACCCAAAAACAUUUUGCCGAGAGGUCAGAGACGGAGGUAACAUUCUAUGGAGACCAAAUCAUCCUCAAGAGCGAUUCUCAACACUAAUGAUUCGUAAACUCUACGAUACAAACGUCUUGGCCUACAUGCACGUUAUAAUGGGAAUAAGAUUCUGGUACGUUCACUUUGGAUACAACAACGGCAAAUGGGAGGAGAUUACAGAGGAGGAAUAUGAACGGAGAAUGGAAAGAACUCUCGAAGAUCGAAGGUUUUAUGUUGAAAACCCAGAAAGUGAUUAUGUGUUCCGAGUUAGCAAGUACAAGCCUUAUGGAAUCCCAGCGAAUAUCUACAUGCCAACCUUUAGGUACAAGAUUAAAGAAGUUUGGAGUUACGACAGGAUCGUAUGGAAGGCACAAGGGAAUGAAAUUUGUACCUUUGUAGCAUUACAUGGAAAUAGAGGGGCAAUAAGACUUAUGCAUAUGUUCAUAAAGUACGAUUCUAGCUACAAGAUAAUCUUUUUCCAAUGGAGAUUUGGUAAAUGGCAAGAGAUGGAUAAGAAUGGUUUUUACAAAUUGCUGAAUCUGUAUGACUUUAGUGAAGAACUUGCGAAUAGAACCGGAAGACAGUUUAGAUGA